CUGUUUACAGAAGCAACGUUUUAAUAUUGGAGAAGAAAACGAGAACGAACCGUCUAACUCUCCUUUGUACUACCACUGACGAAAAUAAAUAAAGAGAUAGCAGCGAUUGAACGACAUAAAUUGGAAUAAUACGAGUACCUCCUGCAAUAUGUGUAGCAUCCCGUGGAGACAAAAUAAAUCACUUCACCUGUAAGCAGUGGACAUCUGGACAAGAAUCCUGAAUUCCUAAUGCAUGUGUUGUGAAGAUGAGGAACCACAUCAGCAGAGCUUACAAACACUGAAAAUAAAUGUAGCGUUAGGUCUAAAUCUCCAGAGCAGAUCUGCCUUCUAUCUGCUGCAACCUUGCUAAAUGUGCUAAUAGAUGAUCUGAAUUCAACUCAGUGGAGCAUAUGAAGUGUUGAGAAGAAGCAUUUAAUCUUUGUUCCUAUAAUGCAUGACAAAGGAAGUGAAUCUCACCAGCACAUUUAAGAUGAACAAUAGUUUGGAGAUUGUUUUUAUUAUUGCUGCUGUUUUCAUCAUGAAUUUGGAACCAUGUUUGUGUGAGUGUGGCCGGGCUGAAUAUAACAGAAAUGGAGGCUGUUGUCCCAUGUGUGCAAAAGGAUCCCGUGUGUAUAGGCACUGCACUGAGGACACUAGUACAACUUGUGUUCCAUGUCUUGAAUCAACUUAUACUGCUGAAGCCAAUGGCCUAGAAAAAUGCUCAACCUGUUCAGUGUGUGAUUCUGGAUAUGGUUUAAGAAUAAAAAUGAAAUGCACAUCGUCUUCAGAUACAGUUUGUGAACCAUUGGAGGGAUACCACUGUAUUGAUGAAAACCGGGACAGCUGUACACAAGCAGUGGAGCAUAAAACAUGCAGCCCUGGGCAGUACAUAAAGGAGAAAGGAACAGCACUUAAAGAUACCAUAUGUCAUGUAUGUGCUGCUGGUACCUACUCAAAUGGCUCUCUUCAAACUUGUCAGCCACAUUCAAAAUGUGAAGGUUUGGGUAUUGAAGAAAUAAAGCCAGGAACCAAUUCUUCUGAUGUUGAAUGUGGAACGAUAGUAUCUGUUCCUGUAAUAGGUGGAAUCUUAGGUGUUGUGGCACUGGUGGUUAUAAUAGUGGGAGUAGGCAUGACUCUUAAAAAGAAGUAUAAGCCUGUCCCACCUGCAGAGGCAACUCUGAUGUCAGUGGUCGGUUCAUCCUUUAAUGAAAGAACAGCAGCUGAUCAAGUAACAGUAUAAUUCCUCUGAAAUUGAAUUACCUGGAUCGGGUUCUUCCCUCUGCUAUGGACUAUCUCAUUGACAUACCAGAGUGUGUGAGGACUAGAAACCCUCUCCUGCUCUUACCCUGGAUACAGGAAGCCUGCAUAGCUGGGUGUGAAGCCCAGUGUUCUUCACUUUGCGCACACAUGACUGCACCCUCAUCCACCCUGCUAACACCAAUCAAAUUCACUGAUAACACCAUAAUAGUUUGUAUCUGAUCACAGACAGCUAAGAAACAGCCUACAGGAACAAGGUGCAACUUUGGCGUAAGGAUAACAACAGUGUUAUACACCUGAAAGACAAAAGGAGCUCAUUGUAAACUUCAGAAAGGCUAUGAAAGUAGAGAGCAUCCACUCCACCUGCAUAUCUGUGGCAUGCUCGCUGCACAGUGGCAGAACAGAAAGAUCCGCACUGGAUACUGAGGGAGCCUCAGUGAGUAAUCAUGCCUGACCUAGAACACCUGCACAGUUUGUGUGCUGGCCAACUAUGGAAGGAACCAGCAGAGGCACCACACACCCUGAACACUGUCUUUAGUCUCCAUGCAGAUAGUGAUGUGAUCUUGUCCAGAUGACCAGGUGAGCUCUGUCCGGCGCCAAAUAGGAAGUAACAAAGUGGAGAGAUGAACAUCUCUGGCAGGUAGAUGAGACAUGGAGGAAAAGGGAGUAUAGCGCCAUUAGUCUGCGGUCGGACUUUCAGUCCGAUUGUGAGGAGGACUCAUCGAUGGAGGUGGAGGAGGUCCUCCACAGGGACCCUCCUUCUGUUGGCGACACUGACUCCCUCUCAUGGCUCUAACAUGAUGAAAUUCUUACACUCUUGUCUAUUGUGUGCACUAACAUGAAGAUAACUUUCAUGGAGAUAACAGAGCACUUCUGUAAGUCACUGUGCACUAAAGCAUCUGCUGCAUGUUGUAAAUGUAAAUAUUUCUAUUCACCCUCCUCCCCUGGCGAGCAGUACUGUUUUCGUGCACCACACGUUAGUCUACAUGUCACUGCAGAAACAGGUGAAAGUGCAUCUAGUUGUAAGGAAAAGGGUGAAAGAUGGCUUAUCAGACCAUGGUAUAUUUGACCCAUAGGGGGUCCAGGAUGUGUGUUCAUCAGACCAGUGUAUUUUGGCACUGGCUCUGAAUAAGCCAUUUCUGAGUGGUGGUGCUGGCAUAAAGAUCAUGGAAUGUAUCUUCUGAACAGACUUGGACAUGCUGAGAAAGGAAACAAAGCCAUAGUGAAAUAGUAAAAUAACUAGCAAAAAUAAGUAAAAUAACUUUUCCAGAUCACUUUUUAAAACAACACCUUGAAAGCGAAGAGAAAAUUAUUUGAUACUUUGCAUCAUUUACAAAGCUGUCAUUUCUAGUAUAUUUUAUUUAAUUGGAUAUGUUUUAUUUAUGACCUUUAUAUGAUUCCUGUAGACGUUUGGCUUCCUGAUAUUUUAGUUGUGUUUCUCAAGAGGCAGGUAACGCAUUGCUGAUGUCAGAAGCCGUAACGGCCCGAGUGCUGCAGGGCAAGGAGCUGGACGCACAGACCUCUCUCGAUGUAGACAGUCAUUUAUGGCACUCACAUAAGUUAGUGCAGCGUGAUGUAAAUAAUAAAUGACAACAGGUACAAAAAUUUACGUUACAUGCUAACAACUAACAUGAACAAUGAUUGACCCCAUGGUACAACACACAGGUUUAAAUUCAGACACAGAUGAAACACAGAACCAGGUGCAGGUGUGUUAGGUUAGCUGGAGGACCGAGGCAUGCGGGGACUAGUUGGCCUGGGGGAUGAGGGUUGUGAAUGAGUUAAUAUUUUAUUAAUAAAGUGAUGUUAAAACCAA